UUUAAUUGAAAAACGAUACUACAGAUUUGUGUCAAAAUGGCUGACACGUAUCCAAAUUAUAAGCCUUUAGAUUUACGAGUUAUUCACGAUAGAGUUUCUUUAUGGGAAGCUAAAACUGACCCCAAAGCUCCACUUACUUCAGAACAAAAAAAUCUUCUUCAUGACUUAGGGUGCAUUGCAACCCAUAGGCCAUUACCAAAGAAUCUGCCUGAAGAUGACGCUCAAUCAUUAACUCCAGCUAGAGUAACUUUACAAGACAAAGAGAAAACUGAAGACACAUCUGGCUUAUCUAGUUUUAUGAAAGAGACUAAAUUGCCUUACUCCAACAAGAUAGAAAAUGCUCAGCAGUUUUUCUCCUGGUUUUCAGAGUUAGAAGAAUCCCUAGAGAGAGAUGAUGGUGGACUGUACAGACAGUACACAGAUGAAUUGACCCAGUAUAAAGACCAGUGCAGCAAUGUUCUUGCAGAGGUCAGCAAAGCAUUGGAAUACUUGCAACAGUUAAACAAUCAAUACAUACAUGUGGCCACCAAAACUAAUGCCUUGCAUGAAGAAUGUGAACACCUGCUAGCAGAACAGACCCACCUUAUGGAUCUGGCUGAAAGUAUCAGUAACAAGUUAUCAUAUUUCAAUGAACUAGAUAGUAUAUCAACUAAACUAAGCCGACCCAAUUUAAAUGUCAGCAGUGAAACAUUUAUUCCUCUUCUGUCACGCAUGGACGAGUGUAUUCUGUAUCUAAAGAGUAAUCCAAGAUACAAAGAAUGUGAUGUCUACCUUGCGCGUUUCCGCCAGUGCCUUAACAAAGCCUUGAGUCUCAUAAAAAGUCAUGUCACUAAUAUUUUGUUGACAGCUACACAACAGAUUCAACCAAAAAAGGAUUCACCCAAUAUGGCAGAUAAUGCAUUCACUUUGUUUUAUGGGAAAUUCCGUGCCAAUGCCCCAAGAGUCAAAACAUUAACAGAACAAUUGGAGCUGAGAACAGAGAAAGAUAAUGAAUACGCCAGUGCUCUAGUAGAUUGUCAGACAUUUUAUUUUACUCAGAGGGAGACUUUACUGGGUCCCAGCAUCUCUACCACUAUGAGUGACUUAGCAUCGAAACAUGUCAGGGACCACUGUGCUCUAAUGAGAAGUGGCUGUGCCUUUAUGGUGCAUGUGUGUGAAGAUGAGUACCAGCUGUAUUUCAAUUUCUUCUCAAAGGCAACCCCCCUUUUAGAUGCCAUGUUGGAGAGGAUAUGUAACAACCUGUAUGAUGUAUUUAGGCCUCUUCUCAUUCACAUUAAUCAUUUAGAGACUCUGUCAGAACUCUGUAGCAUCAUCAAAAUUGAGAUGAUGGAGGAGCAUGUCAAGCAGAACCCCCAAGAACUAGCAGCCUUUGAAAGUAUAUGUCAGCAGCUUCUAAUGGACAUCCAGGAGAGGUUGGUGUAUAGGACCUACAUCUACAUCAAGUCUGAUAUCCUGCAGUACAAUGCAGCCCCUGGAGAUCUGGCUUAUCCUGAGAAGUUGGAGAUGAUGGAAAGUAUUGCCGAAAGUAUUAAGAAAGGGAAACCACCCAAGAAAAUACAUUCGCGCACUCCAUCAAACGCUUCUAGCACUUCUCAGGAAGUGGCUAUGCUGACUGGUGCUGCAGACAAUAGUAUAGAUUCUUCCUUUGCUUCCAAUGGUUCAGGAAAGACUGUUGAUGGUGAGGAUGAGAAUGAACUUCAGGAAGUACCCUUGGACAGAAGUUUGGAUGAUACUAGUAGUAAUAUGCCAAUGUCUCCAGCUGACUUUCAUGGGAUGUGGUACCCUACAGUUCGCAGAGCACUUGUGACUUUGUCCAAGCUGUACAGAUGUAUUGAUAAAACAACUUUCCAAGGCUUAUCCCAGGAAGCUCUGCAAGCUUGUAUCACUUCUCUAAGAAAUGCUAAAGAUGGGAUUGUCAAAAGAAAACAAAGUACACUUGAUGGAGAACUGUUUCUUAUCAAACAUCUCCUGAUUCUUCGAGAACAAAUAGCACCAUUCCAAGCUGAUUUCUCUAUCCGAGAGACUCAUCUAGACUUCAGCAAAUUUAAAGACAUGACAGGGUUAAAAGAUGGGAGCCUUGGCUUACAUACGCUUGUAGAUGCUGCCUACUCUCUGUUUAAUAAGAAAUCUCAGCUGUUCUCUCUAAGCAGUAAUAAUGCCCUGCUCCAGUUUAUACUAGAGGGAACACCCCAAGUCACUGAGCUGUUUGUUGACUCUAAGCGUGAUGUGGACCAGCAGUUAAAGACCAGCUGUGAGGACUUCAUACACCAUGUGACUGAACUCUUUGUUGCCCCACUCCAGUCUUUCAUGUCUCGGGCUUCUGUUAUUACAAGUAUGAAAAAGGAGGAUGCUGGGACCAAAAUCACCCUCAGACAGCAGCCUUUUGCCUUACCUGAAAAGGUACAUGAUGUGGUCACAGAGACAUACAAGAACAUUAAGACCAAACUCCCAAUUGUCCAGCGGAGCAUGUCCCUGUACCUGGCCAAUAAGGAUACAGAAGCCAUUUUGUUUAGACCUAUCAAAGUGAAUGUCCAGCAGACUUUCCAGAAGUUCCAUGACCUUAUUACUCAGGAGUACUCAGAGGAAGAUAUACUUAUCAUUGCUUGUCCUAGCACAGAGCAGGUGAAUCUUCUAGUAUCAACAAGGAUGUCAUCUACACCAAAGAAAUAAUUCACCUAGAGAAGUGUGGCAUUUGUCAUGAUGACAUAUUCUGAUGUCCAUACUGAAUGAAGGGCCUGGUUAAGGUCAUCAAGAAGCACAAGGUAUUAGCUAACACAUGGCAAUGCAUCUGAAGUCAUCACUUGAGGCAACAUAUGUAUGCCACAAUGUCCUAUAUUCUGAUACACUACUGCUAUUACUGCCUUGCAUAUAUUCACUAUUUGCCAUUGGUUGCUCUAGGUUGCUGAAAAGAAUGAAAUUGUCUUCUUAGACAUAGACAGUAUAGUUUUGUCAGAUGAUACAUUUAAAUUGUGAUAAAAUAUGUGAUACUAAUGUUUGUAUAUAUCAUAUAUUUGCAUUACCAGGGGAAAUAAUAAUUUGCUAUUUUAUUCUCAAAAUUUAUAAAUUAUACUUCAAAUCACUUUAAUUUGGGUCUUAUUCUUCAACCAAAUCAAAUAUUAAUGUAAAAUAACAAAUAAAAUACAUCUAAGUCUCUAAUAAGAUAUUGUCUUUGAUUGGGAUGAUUAAAGAAGGGUGCAGUAUUUCAUGUGCAUUUCAUGAAAAUAAACAUAAUCUCCCCUGAUGUGUCACAUGAACAGGUUUCUAUUUCGCUAUUGUUGCUGUGGCACAACCUGGUUAAUUCUUUUAUCAUUUCUUUUUGUUUUACAUGUUUGGGAUGUUCCUUCAGAUUUUGAAGAUAAUUACAUCCUAGCCCAAACCUUCUGCAAGAUGACUGGGAGGGCAGUGGCUAGCGUCCAAAACCUGUGACCAUCAAGGUCACUGAAUGACAGUCCUGAGCACAUACCACACAACCAGGCAGCCAUUACUUUAAUAUUAGCUGAUACUUUAUAAAAAAAUAACCAGUAUUUUUAAAGACCUUAUUGUGUAGGUGGCUGCACCCCCAAUGCCAGUGUAGUUAUAGCAUUAGAGCAGUUGACACUUCACAAACUGUAUAUCCCUUGCCUAGUUCACACCAGAUAAUACUUUCUAGUAAUUGGCUGAUAAAUAUAGGUCUUUUAGUAAAUACUAUGCUUAAAGUUGUAUGUACAGUCUUUUAAGAAUUAUUUUUUUUUAUCUUAUAAGCUGAAUUAUUAAAUAUCUGAAUAUUUCUUAGUGUGUUUGUAUUUUGAAUGUUUCUUAUAUUUUGAUAAAUGGGCCUAAAUUAAUUGUUAUAAGCUUUAUUUUUAAUUUUUAAAAUUGUUUUAUAAUUAUUAUUAUUCUUGUUGUUACAAAAAUGUCCUUUGUAAGCAACCAGACAAACAGUAAUAUGAAUAAGGUGUAUUGAAGGUGUUUAAACUGGUGUGCAAUUUAUUAUUUCCAUAUUUGCCCAGAUUUUAUAAUUAUUGUUUGUAAGAUUAAAACCUAACACAAAAUAAUUUGUAAUAAAAAAAACAACUCUAUAGGGUUACCUGCCUUUAAUAAUGUUUUUUUUUUUGUAUUUGUUUAUGUUAGGUUUUAAAUAUAUUCAGUGGAGCAAAUGAUUUUUUGACCAAAGUAUUCAGUGAAUAGUUUGUUGAAGCAAAGACAAUUUUUUUUUAUUUUUUUUUUUGUAUUUGAAAUGAAAGGUUAUGUCAAAUUUUGUAUAAAACUGAUAAUCAUCUGUCUGUAGGCUUAGGAUGGGACAUUUGGCUGACCAUCAAUGACCUUGUGAUGAUACUGUACAACAUUUUGUGGCGAGGAGGUCAUCAAACAGCAGUGUUAAAUGCAUAUCUCUGUGUGACUUAUACUAGCCCAUUCUGAGUUCAGCUAGAUCAUAGCAACUUGUUUUCUUUUGAGUAAACUUUUGUUCUUAGUAAUGACAAAUUUAUCCAACCUUUCAAAUGAGGAUGCUGGGCUAGGUUUUAAUUUUAAUUUCUUAAUGUUACCCUUUGUUUGUAAGCAGAUCACAACAGUGACAAAUAAGUUUUUUUUUUAUGUGGCUCUUGUUCCUUCGCAUUCAAGGGGAAAUGAACAAACAACAUGCUGGCCUUUAUUUUUUUCUUCUUCAGCUUUUUCGAACUUCAGACACCUAUGUAAUACUAUUGUAAAUUAUAUCAAAUUAAAGCAUGAGGUUUGUAUGUUGAUUAAGAAUAAUAAUAAUAAUGUUUGUGUGAAUGUCACCCACAAAGUGUUACAAGAAGAUAGAGAGUGUGAUGCUGUGUUGUUGUUUUUUAUGUAAUAGAGACUUUCUUUUCUACAAUGCCAAACAGAAAAUAUAAAUAAAAAAAUUAUAAAAUAUAAGGUAGAAACAUUUCUCCUAUCUUUGUAAUAUGAUAAUUAACUCUAACCAGGGAUUUUAAAAAUGAUUAUUUCAUCAUUUCUCAAGCUCUCCUACUGCUGCUUUUCCUCCCAUAUCCCCCUGGAAGGCUUGAUGGGACAUCACUGUUUACUCUUCUACAACUUAACACCAUCUGUCUCUGUCCAUAGCUCUAUUCAAUGAGUCUCUAUGCCACCUCUUGAUGUCAUCUUCCUCUCUUCUUUUAAGCACUGUUUAGUGUUUACCAUUUGUAGGACUUACUUUUCCUCUAAAAUUCUUGUUUACGCUUGAUUUAUCCUUAACUUCUUAAAGCUUUUUUACUUUGUCAAUUUAUGAUGGGUAUUUAAAAUGUUUCUAUUCCUAGUUGUGUGAGUGUUUCUGUGUAAGUGUAAAAAAAAUGAAAUGCUUGAGUUCUGCAUGUUCACUUCAUUAGUAUCAUUUCAUAUGCCAUCACUGGAAUGUAGAGUCUGGUUUAUUUGAAUGAUUUAUGUUUAUUAAAAAAUAUAUUUAUUUUGUUAACAAUGUUGGAUUAUACAAAAUACAAUAUUGAGGGACACUACUUGAUUUUGAUCAA